CUACAAGGCUUUGGCCGACCAAGUGUAUACCAUGCUGCUAUCGUCAUCUUCCUUGAAUUCUUUGCAUGGGGCCUGUUGACAACACCAAUGUUGACUGUUCUACAUGAAACAUUUCCUCACCACACAUUCCUCAUGAAUGGUCUUAUUCAAGGUGUGAAGGGCCUACUUUCUUUCCUGAGUGCUCCACUCAUAGGUGCUCUGUCUGAUGUGUGGGGGAGGAAGCCUUUUCUCCUGGUAACCGUCUUCUUCACCUGCUUCCCAAUCCCACUGAUGAGAGUCAGUUCGUGGUGGUACUUUGCGAUGAUCUCUGUGUCUGGUGUCUUUUCGGUCACAUUCUCUGUGAUAUUUGCCUAUGUAGCUGAUGUCACACAGGAGCAGGAGCGAAGCACUGCUUAUGGAUGGGUCUCAGCCACCUUCGCGGCCAGUCUGGUCAGCAGCCCAGCCAUUGGAGCCUACCUUUCGGCCAGUUAUGGAGACAGCCUUGUCGUAUUGGUGGCUACGGUGGUGGCUCUUCUGGACAUCUGCUUCAUCUUAGUGGCCGUUCCAGAAUCUCUGCCCGAAAAAAUGAGACCAGUUUCCUGGGGUGCUCAGAUUUCUUGGAAACAAGCAGACCCUUUUGCAUCAUUGAAGAAAGUUGGAAAAGACUCCACUGUCUUACUAAUCUGCAUCACAGUGUUUCUUUCAUACCUUCCUGAAGCUGGACAGUACUCAAGUUUUUUCCUCUAUCUCAGGCAGGUCAUCGGUUUUGGAUCUGUUAAGAUUGCAGCAUUCAUAGCUAUGGUAGGGAUCCUGUCCAUUGUGGCUCAGACGGUCUUUCUUAGCAUCUUGAUGAGAUCAUUAGGAAAUAAGAAUACAGUCCUCCUUGGCUUGUGCUUCCAGAUGUUCCAGUUAGCCUGGUAUGGUUUUGGAUCCCAGGCCUGGAUGAUGUGGGCAGCAGGGACUGUGGCCGCCAUGUCCAGCAUUACAUUCCCAGCAGUCAGUGCCCUUGUCUCUCGGAAUGCAGAGUCAGACCAGCAAGGAGUUGCCCAGGGGAUCGUAACUGGAAUCAGAGGACUGUGCAAUGGCCUGGGGCCUGCACUGUAUGGAUUCAUUUUCUACAUGUUCCACGUUGAGCUGACUGAGUUGGGCCCAGAACUGAAUUCUGACAAUGUUGCCCUACAGGGAGCUGUCAUCCCAGGCCCCCCAUUUUUAUUCGGGGCAUGUAUUGUUCUUGUGUCUUUUCUGGUUGCCUUAUUCAUCCCUGAAUACCGUAAAGCCAGUGGAAUUCAAAAACAUAGCAACAGUGUCAGUGGCAGCCUGCCCAACCUACCAGAACGAGGCAGCGGUGAGGACAUUGAGCCAUUACUGCAAGACAACAGCAUCUGGGAGCUUUCUUCCUUUGAGGAGCCUGGGAACCAAUGCACUGAGCUAUAAAACUCAGCAGAAAAGGGAGUCUGCAGACAUUGUCCUGAGAGCUGCACAGUGAACCACCACACCGAGACUUCACGGUGCUGUAGAGGGAGAACCACCGCAUGGAGACUUCACGGUGCUGUGGGGGGAGAUGCUGGAAGCCUCCUUCAGAGUCAAGUGUGAUAAGUGACUCCUUCCAUCUUUCUGUCCUCCCUCCACUUCCUCCUCCUGUUAUUUUUUUCUAUGUUGCUGCUUCCUGUUUAUACAUUAAAACAAGGUAAGAUUUGAAACACUUCCAUGAACAUACAGUGCAACUGUCCAAGUUAUCUGGAAUCCAAACUUUGAAACUCAAAUAGAAAAAGUCACAUUUCUGGUAGAAAGGAUAACGUUCCUUUAAUAACUUCAGAGUAAAAUUGACAGCAAAUCUUCCAUACCCUUUGAACACAAGGUGCACAUUGCAGUAGGUAAUGCUGUCUGGCAAGACCUCAGGGAAAGAAUUCCUUCUUGUUUCCUUCCUUUCUGCUUUCCUAAGUUAUUCCCAGUGGGUCUGUAGGUAUAGGCGUGUAGCCACUAUUAAGAGUCACUCAGUAUCAGGGAUCAGUUGCCAUUUUCAGAGGUUAAAUGAAAGCCUAAUUUUACCCUCCUUUUGUUUUCUCUCCUUCCUAUUCUUAGCUAGAAUAAAAUUCAACAUCUACAUCUCUGAACAUUAACAGUAGUGAUCAGUGAUUACCUUUACUGGGAGAAGGAAAUUUUUUCUUACAUAUUUAAAUCAUGUAAAACUCGCAACUCAGAUUCCCUAGACCUAGUGUCUUGGUUGCAUACAGGGUGAUUUUACAGAAGAAAACACACUGAGCAUUCUGGUAGCAGCGUAGAAAUCGGAGGGUGCCUCUAAGAAAGGUUUUAAAAUGUGAACAUUCUAAGUGAGGAUAAAGUAACUGGAUACCAGUUUGUGUCCAUGCUCAGAUUCAUAAUGCAUUAUCACUGUUGGCUCUUACUCUCCCAAGUCCUGUUUCUCAAACGAGUUUCCAUCCCUCACACUCCUGCCUUAACUGCUCUGUAGUAUAUGCAUUGUUUUCAGUUAUUCUUUAUUUCAGUCUGUUUAUCUGACUUUUGAGUCUUACAGGAAUAUGCAUAUCACAAAUUCCUUCCUAAAUCUGAUGGUUUAGUGAAACUCAGUUUCACAAUAAGUGUCUUGCUAAUUUUUCGAGAUGUUUUAUGGGCAAAGAAAACUUUACAGAUUUAUAUGUAUUUUGCUGCAUCAGUAAAUGGACCAUUAACUAGGGCCCACUUUUAAUAGAGCACUCCUUUGAAAGUUUUAUAGGUAUGAAAUGUAUGUAGAUAUUUGUAAGAGAUUUUAAUUUUUUUGAUGGGGUGCUGUGUAAAUCUUGUAUUUAUAAAUGUAAUGAAGGUAUUGACAGAUAAAAUAUAUACAACUUUUAUAAAGGAUUGUGUACUGACUGAAUACAUUUAAAAGAAAAUAUAUUUUGAAACCUGUUCUGCUGUGAACAGAGAUAACAUAUCUUUUUACUAUGUUGUUGGUUUUUAGGUUAAGCUUCCUAAUGCAUAAUAAAUUUGCAAUGGAUACUUUUA